CAGGACGCGCGGGCUCGGAGAAGGACCGCGGGACGGCCGGCCGGCCGGCCGGAGCCCGCGGGGGCGGCGGGGCGGGGGCCCGGGGCAGGCGCAGAGACUGGCCGGCAGCAACAUGUCAUGGUUUAGUGGCCUCCUGGUCCCUAAAGUGGAUGAACGGAAAACAGCCUGGGGUGAACGCAAUGGGCAGAAGCGUUCACGGCGCUGUGGCACUCGGGCAGGUGGCUUCUGCACGCCCCGCUAUAUGAGCUGCCUCCGGGAUGCAGAGCCACCCAGCCCCACCCCUGCGGGCCCCCCUCGGUGCCCCUGGCAGGAUGACGCCUUCAUCCGGAGGGGCGGCCCAGGCAAGGGCAAGGAGCUGGGGCUGCGGGCAGUGGCCCUGGGCUUCGAGGACACUGAAGUGACAACGACAGUGGGCGGGACAGCUGAGGUGGCACCCGACGCGGUGCCCAGGAGUGGGCGAUCCUGCUGGCGCCGUCUGGUGCAGGUGUUCCAGUCGAAGCAGUUCCGUUCGGCCAAGCUGGAGCGCCUGUACCAGCGGUACUUCUUCCAGAUGAACCAGAGCAGCCUGACGCUGCUGAUGGCGGUGCUGGUGCUGCUCACCGCGGUGCUGCUGGCUUUCCACGCGGCGCCCGCCCGCCCUCAGCCUGCCUAUGUGGCCCUGCUGGCCUGCGCCGCCGCCCUGUUCCUGGGGCUCAUGGUGGUGUGUAACCGGCAUAGCUUCCGCCAGGACUCCAUGUGGGUGGUGAGCUACGUGGUGCUGGGCAUCCUGGCGGCAGUGCAGGUCGGGGGCGCCCUCGCAGCAGACCCACGCAGCCCCUCUGCGGGCCUCUGGUGCCCUGUGUUCUUCGUCUACAUCGCCUACACACUCCUCCCCAUCCGCAUGCGGGCUGCGGUCCUCAGCGGCCUGGGCCUCUCCACCCUGCAUUUGAUCUUGGCCUGGCAACUUAACCGUGGUGACGCCUUCCUCUGGAAGCAGCUCGGUGCCAAUGUGCUGCUGUUCCUCUGCACCAACGUCAUUGGCAUCUGCACACACUAUCCAGCAGAGGUGUCUCAGCGCCAGGCCUUUCAGGAGACCCGUGGUUACAUCCAGGCCCGGCUCCACCUGCAGCAUGAGAAUCGGCAGCAGGAGCGGCUGCUGCUGUCGGUGUUGCCCCAGCAUGUUGCCAUGGAGAUGAAAGAAGACAUCAACACAAAAAAAGAAGACAUGAUGUUCCACAAAAUCUACAUACAGAAGCAUGACAAUGUCAGCAUCCUGUUUGCAGACAUUGAGGGCUUCACCAGCCUGGCAUCCCAGUGCACUGCACAGGAGCUGGUCAUGACCCUGAAUGAGCUCUUUGCCCGGUUUGACAAGCUGGCUGCGGAGAAUCACUGCCUGAGGAUCAAGAUCUUGGGGGACUGUUACUACUGUGUGUCAGGGCUGCCGGAAGCCCGGGCCGACCAUGCCCACUGCUGUGUGGAGAUGGGGGUAGACAUGAUCGAGGCCAUCUCCUCAGUUCCACAAGAUGCUGCUGGGCCCCUGCUGGUGAACACAGCCCUAACAUUUGUCCUUGAGCCCCAUGCAGCCUUCUGCUCAUGUCCAACCAAGGCUGUGCUCCUGUCCCCUGCAUCUGGGCUGGUACGUGAGGUGACAGGUGUGAAUGUGAACAUGCGCGUGGGCAUCCACAGCGGGCGCGUGCACUGCGGCGUCCUUGGCUUGCGGAAAUGGCAGUUCGAUGUGUGGUCCAAUGAUGUGACCCUGGCCAACCACAUGGAGGCAGGAGGCCGGGCUGGCCGCAUCCACAUCACUCGGGCAACACUGCAGUACCUGAACGGGGACUACGAGGUGGAGCCAGGCCGUGGUGGCGAGCGCAACGCAUACCUCAAGGAGCAGCACAUUGAGACUUUCCUCAUCCUGGGCGCCAGCCAGAAACGGAAAGAGGAGAAGGCCAUGCUGGCCAAGCUGCAGCGGACUCGGGCCAACUCCAUGGAAGGGCUGAUGCCGCGCUGGGUGCCUGAUCGUGCCUUUUCCCGGACCAAGGACUCCAAGGCCUUCCGCCAGAUGGGCAUUGAUGAUUCCAGCAAAGACAACCGGGGCACCCAAGAUGCCCUGAACCCUGAGGAUGAGGUGGAUGAGUUCCUGAGCCGUGCCAUCGAUGCCCGCAGCAUUGAUCAGCUGCGGAAGGACCAUGUGCGCCGGUUUCUGCUCACCUUCCAGAGAGAGGAUCUUGAGAAGAAGUACUCCCGGAAGGUGGAUCCCCGCUUCGGAGCCUACGUUGCCUGUGCCCUGUUGGUCUUCUGCUUCAUCUGCUUCAUCCAGCUUCUCAUCUUCCCACACUCCAUCUUGAUGCUUGGGAUCUAUGCCAGCAUCUUCCUGCUGCUGCUGGUCACCGUGCUGAUCUGUGCCGUGUACUCCUGUGGUUCUCUGUUCCCUAAGGCCCUGCAACGUCUGUCCCGCAGCAUCGUUCGCUCACGGGCACAUAGCACCGCAGUUGGCAUCUUUUCCGUCCUGCUUGUGUUUACUUCUGCCAUUGCCAACAUGUUCACCUGUAAUCACACCCCCAUACGGACCUGUGCAGCCCGGAUGCUGAAUUUAACACCUGCUGACAUCACUGCCUGCCACCUGCAGCAGCUCAAUUACUCUCUGGGCCUGGAUGCUCCCCUGUGUGAGGGCACCACGCCCACCUGCAGCUUCCCUGAGUACUUCAUCGGGAGCGUGCUGCUGAGUCUCUUGGCCAGCUCUGUCUUCCUGCACAUCAGCAGCAUCGGGAAGUUGGCCAUGGUCUUUGUCUUGGGGCUCAUCUAUUUGGUGCUGCUUCUGCUGGGUCCCCCAGCCACCAUCUUUGACAACUAUGACCUACUGCUUGGCGUCCAUGGCUUGGCUUCUUCCAAUGAGACCUUUGAUGGGCUGGACUGUCCAGCUGCAGGGAGGGUGGCCCUCAAAUAUAUGACCCCUGUGAUUCUGCUGGUGUUCGCGCUGGCGCUGUAUCUGCAUGCUCAGCAGGUGGAGUCGACUGCCCGCCUAGACUUCCUCUGGAAACUACAGGCAACAGGGGAGAAGGAGGAGAUGGAGGAGCUACAGGCAUACAACCGGAGGCUGCUGCAUAACAUUCUGCCCAAGGACGUGGCCGCCCACUUCCUGGCCCGGGAGCGCCGCAAUGAUGAACUCUACUAUCAGUCGUGUGAGUGUGUGGCUGUUAUGUUUGCCUCCAUUGCCAACUUCUCUGAGUUCUAUGUGGAGCUGGAGGCAAACAAUGAGGGUGUCGAGUGCCUGCGGCUGCUCAACGAGAUCAUCGCUGACUUUGAUGAGAUCAUCAGCGAGGAGCGGUUCCGGCAGCUGGAAAAGAUCAAGACAAUUGGUAGCACCUACAUGGCUGCCUCAGGGCUGAACGCCAGCACCUACGAUCAGGUGGGCCGCUCCCACAUCACUGCCCUGGCUGACUACGCCAUGCGGCUCAUGGAGCAGAUGAAGCACAUCAAUGAGCACUCCUUCAACAAUUUCCAGAUGAAGAUUGGGCUGAACAUGGGCCCAGUCGUGGCAGGUGUCAUUGGGGCUCGGAAGCCGCAGUAUGACAUCUGGGGGAACACAGUGAAUGUCUCUAGUCGUAUGGACAGCACGGGGGUCCCCGACCGAAUCCAGGUGACCACGGACCUGUACCAGGUUCUAGCUGCCAAGGGCUACCAGCUGGAGUGUCGAGGGGUGGUCAAGGUGAAGGGCAAGGGGGAGAUGACCACCUACUUCCUCAAUGGGGGCCCCAGCAGUUAGCAGGACCUAGCCACAAAUUCAGCUGAAGGGAUCAAGGUGGGCAUUGAGUGGACUCUGUGCUCGCUGGGUGGAGCUGUGGCAGGGGGCACUGAGCCUCCAGACCCUGCUAACCACAAAAGGGAACAUCCCAGCAGGCUGUGCUUGGAUCAUGCUCGUCUACCCUCAAGCUGGAAAACAAGGGGCUACCUACCAAGAGGAUUAUGCAAGUGACUUUCCUUCUUACUUGGGGUAGGGCUGUUCCCUCUCCAAUCUUCCAGCUUUUGGGAGCAGGGGAGGGGUCAGUAGCAGAAGCAGAAGGAGGCCUCUUGCCUGAGGGAUUAAAAUGGCAGCUUGCCAUGCCUACCCUUCCCUGUCUAUCUGGGCAGCAGGUUCAGGGCUGGGCCCUUCUUUUCCCUCUUUUUUCCUGGGAAUAUUUUGUACAAUAUUUUGUACAAAGACAGGCAUGAGGAGUGCCUAUUCCAUGCUUGCCUUUGCAAUACCUGCGUCCCCAGCACUGGUCCUGGGCACUUCCCCACCCCAGCCAGGUGUCCCUCCUAGGCACAGAGCAGAGGAGGGAGAUGCUCUGGGGAGCCAGCUUUGGCCAUAUUUCAGGAGAAUGUUUCCAUGUGCCAAAUUCUAGUCCCACAAUCUGUCCCCAAAGGGGAACAAAGGGACCUCUGACAGCUUAGAUUUAGCCCCAGUUCCUGCACGCUCCAGGGAACGGGGCGUCUGGCCUCACUGGUACUGUGAAAAUGCUCAGAGAGCAAGCCUGUGUGUGGGGAUAUCAGGUCAGGAGCUGGAAGUUCACCUGCAGGUGCCAAAGAGCAGGCAGGCCAGGGCUGGGGCAGUGCCAGACUCUGUCUGAUCUGAGGACCCCAAUGGGGUCCAGAUCAGGUCACUCUGCCCCAGUGCUCUCUUGCUGUCUACUGGCAAGGGGACAUGGAGCAUCUCUCCCUCUUCUGUUGCCAAAUAGAAAAGGGUCAGGGCAUGGAGAAAGAUGACCCUGAUCCCAAACCUGCCCUCCCAAGUCUCUGGCGUUGGGGAGGGCCUGUGUGUUUGUGUCACUGUGUGUGCAUGUUGGUCUUUGUGUGCAUAUCUGUUUUCCAGGUCUGUGUGAGUCCUUGCGCUCCUGCUCCUCAGCUCUCCACCCCAGGCUGCCUGUCUCCUGUGGGCCUCUGUCUUCUGGGAAUAAAGCAGGGUUUCCUAUUUCAGGGGAUGUAGAGAGAUGCCCAGAUUACACAGGAGUGGGAUGGGGUGUGCUAGCAAAAGGAGGGAGAGGAGUCCUUUUUGUGCCAAAUCCCUAAGUGCCGUUUGGGGGCCAUGUGUGCAGCAUGACUCUCCCUGUCUGUGGCAGGGACCCAAGCGCUUGCUUGAGCCCCAGUGCUCCAUGCCAGCACUUAAACUGUCUGGGGUUUGAUGGACAAAGGCUCAGGAAUUUCCUGGCUUCCCCAGAUAGCGUCCUGGGACAUGGUAUGCUUUGGGGCUGGGGUAGCAUGGAAUCCCUCUGAGGACCCGGAUACUGGUACUACGGGGUGGGGAAGAAACCUUAAACUUGGCUUUCUCCAGCCUUCAGCCUGAGUCUAGCAUGUUUCUGGCUCCCCAGCCCCUUGUGAAACCUUGAGGGCUGGCAGGAGGGUUAGGAGGUUGAACUCUAGAUUCCCUUCCUAUCUUUGCCUUCCUUUUACCCCUUUCCCUGCAACCUCCUUGACUGUGGCCUGAAUUUGUUGGUCCCUUAGUUUCUCUGUCUGUACCUAUUUAAGCCAAAGGCACUAGCCUGAAUUUUGCUUGAAGAUCACUUUGUCUUGGAAAUGACUAGAAAGGCAGAGGAGAAGGGUUUCCAGAGUUGCUGGGUUUGGGAGUGGAAGGGGCAGGCAGUGCACUUGCCCCUCCUCAUGCCCCUCUGACACCAGCUCCCUGUGGAGGCCUGGUUUCUGGGUACUGCCUCCCUUGGGCAUCUUCAUGCGUCAACCAAAUGGGCCAUCAGGUACUUCAGUAGUCAUGGCAGAAGGAGGGGAAAAGACUUGUUUUUCCAGACAGAAAAUCUACUCCCCUGCCCCCAGCCAUAUCCCUGGAUAGGAAGGGAUAGGAAGAGACUACUUGGUGCCGUGGGGUAGGGGUGACGGUAUAAGUAGAUCAGAGUGGGAAGACCUCAGCCUUGGGUGGCUUGUCUCUGCUUUUUGCCAGGUGGGAGGGCCUGUCCACACCCUGGCUCCCCGUACCACAGUGCCAGCCAUGCCCUUCCCCUGGGCAACCAUUGCCCCUUUCCUCACCCAGUUGGUGGAGGAGUCAGGAGAUGGGAGGCCAUGGGCUUUGGUUUUGUAAUGUAACCACUGUGGGGGUGAGGGAGGAUGGUGUACCAUGUAUUUCAGUGAAAUAUUUAAUAUAUUUAAAUAUCAAUAAAAUCAAACUCUUUGUAAAA